UUCUCACUCUAUAUAUAUAGGUGGUUGAGUAUAGCUUUCAUAGUACUGAGCAUAUACAUAUAUAUAUAGAGAGAGAGAGAGAGGGAGAGGGAGAAUGGGGAGGCAACCAUGCUGUGACAAAGUGGGGUUGAAGAAAGGGCCAUGGACUGUUGAAGAAGACAAGAAGCUCAUCAACUUCAUCCUCACUAACGGCCAUUGUUGCUGGAGAGCUGUUCCUAAGCUUGCCGGAUUGUUAAGGUGCGGGAAAAGCUGCAGAUUAAGAUGGACGAAUUAUCUCAGACCGGAUUUGAAGAGAGGACUUUUAUCUGAGUACGAAGAACAAGUGGUCAUCGACCUUCAUGUCCAACUUGGCAACAGAUGGUCAAAGAUUGCAUCUCAAUUACCAGGAAGAACGGAUAAUGAGAUAAAGAACCAUUGGAAUACGCACAUAAAGAAAAAGCUGAGGAAAAUGGGGAUUGAUCCCGUGACCCACAAGCCUCUGUCUGAGGAAGAGGCUUCUCAGCCUCCCAAACACCAAAACCGCAAG